CUGUUGAGGAGAUCAACAGGAAUCCCAACCUGUUGCCCAACCUCACGCUGGGCUUCCACCUCUACAACGCCUACCACAGCGACGCCAGGACCUUGGAGAGCUCCCUGCGGUGGCUGUCUGGGCAGGGCCAGCUCAUCCCCAACUACAGCUGCUGGGGCCAGGACAAGACUGUGGCUGUCAUUGGAGGAGGCACGUCGGCUCUGUCUGUCCAGAUGGGCCCCCUGCUCGAGCUCUACAGGUAUCCCCAGAUCAGCUAUGGUCCAUUUGAUUUUAGUCUUCGUGACAAGGUCCAAUUUCCUUCCCUCUACCAGCUGGCCCCCAAAGACUCUUCUCUUCACAAAGGUGUCGUCCUACUAAUUGUAUAUUUUGAGUGGAACUGGAUAGGCCUGAUUGCCACAGAUGAUAUGAGAGGUGAGGAGUUCCUCUGGGAAAUGAGAGAGGAAAUGGGGAAGAAUAGAGUUUGUGUGUCCUUCACAGAGAAGAUACCCGUCAGUGAGAGACGACACACAGAAUCACAGGAGACUUUCAUGCCCAGGAUCCUGAUAUCGUCAACUAUGGUGAUUGUCAUCCACGGUGACACAGAUUCAUUAAUGAUUCUGAGGUACUCCGAUGCUCCUAUAUUCCUAACACAGAAGGUAUGGAUUGCCACGUCUCAAUGGGACAUUACCAUGAGGCCUCUUUAUCGUUUUGGCCAAAAUUUCCAUGGAGCUCUCACGUUUUCAUACUUGGUGAGUGAAAUUCCUGGGUUCAAAGCUUUUCUCAAGACAGUAACACCUUCAAAAUAUCUAGAUGACAUUUUACUUAAGGGAUUCUGGGUCUCAGCGUUUAGAUGUCCAGAUCAAGCAGAAAACCCAGAGCAAGACAUAUGUUUCCCAAACGCUUCCUUGGAGACUUUGCCUCUGUGCUCCUUUGAUAUGAACAUGUCUGGCUUGAGUUACACCAUCUACAACGCCAUCUAUGCUGUGGCUUGGGCUCUGCAUGAAAUGCUUAGGAAAAAAUUGGAGAAAAGUUCAGUGGGCGAUGAAAAAUAUUUGAUACUUCAUUCUUGGCAGCUUCACUCCUCCCUGAAGAACACGAAAUUUAACAAUAGUGCUGGCGACCCAGUGUUCGUGAAUGAGAAUAGAAGCUCGGAGGCUCAAUAUACCAUUAUGAACUAUGUGUGGUUUCCUAAUGAGACAGAAGCUCUGGUGAAAGUGGGCCAGUUUGUCCCUCAGUCUCCACAUGGCCAAGAUUUCACCAUCUGUAAGGAUGCCAUAGUGUGGGGCUGGGGACAUUCCAAGGUUCCCUGUGGAGUAUGCAGUGACAGCUGUGGUCCUGGAUUCAGGAAGACCCCUUUGGAAGGGAAGGCUGCCUGCUGCUUUGACUGUACCCCAUGUCCGGAACAGGAGAUCUCCAGUCAAAUGAAUGCAGAGAGGUGUACAAAGUGUUCAGAGGUUGAGUAUCCGAACAAGCAGAGAGACCACUGCCUUUCCAAGGUUGUGACCUUCCUGAAUAUGAAAGAACCUUUGGGCAAGAUGUUGGCCUUGAUGGCUGUUUCCUUCUCCUUACUGACUGCUCUGGUUCUGGGGGUCUUUGUGAAGUUCCGAGACACCCCCAUAGUCAAAGCCAAUAACCGGACUCUCAGCUAUACUCUCCUCGUCUCCCUCAUCUUCUGCUUCCUCUGCUCCCUUCUCUUCAUAGGCCAGCCUACCACCGCCACUUGUCUCCUCCAACAAACAGUGUUUGCAGUUGUCUUCACGGUGGCUGUUUCUUCCAUUUUGGCCAAAACCAUGAUAGUGGUUCUGGCUUUUAGGGGUGUUAGACCAGGGAGCAGGAUUCGCACAUUCCUACGUCCUAGAGUGUCCAACUAUGUUGUCCUCCUCUGCUCAGGGAUUCAGGUGAUUUUCUGUGGCACCUGGCUGGGCACCUCUCCCCCCUUCCCAGAGGCUGACACUCACUCUGAAUAUGGUUACAUCAUCAUCAGAUGUAAUGAGGGCUCUGUCCUUGCCUUCUACUGUGUCCUGGGCUACAUGGCCCUUCUGGCCCUGGGAAGCUUCACGGUGGCUUUUCUGGCCAGGAACCUGCCUGACACCUUCAAUGAGACGAAGCUCAUCACCCUCAGCAUGCUGGUGUUCUGCAGUGUCUGGACCACUUUUCUGCUCACCUAUCAGAGCACCAAAGGGAAGGCCAUGGUGACUGUGGAGAUCUUCUCCAUCUUGGUCUCCAGUGUGGGGUUGCUGGGAUGCAUUUUUAUUCCCAAAUGUUAUGUGAUCCUCCUGAAGGCAGAGAGGAACACCCUGGAACAGGUCAAGAAUAAAGGAGAUUCUGGAGGCAAGAUUUUAUGUGAAGCAAGACCUUAUACAUCCAGUUUUGGAAAUAAUAGGCUUAAAUAAUAGCCCACACAAAUCUAGCAAAAUAAUUAGUAGAUUGUGGCAUUCUCUCUGGGUGCCAUGUCAAAUUCUGUUCAUGUGGGUGGAUGGAUUCCCAGCAGGGUACAACUGACUACUACUGUUUUAAGGGUUUGCUAUUAAAUUCUCUAGAUUCUGCUACCAAUGAAGCAGGUAAAUUUGGGAACUUCUGGUUCUUCGUUUCAUCCUUUGAACAGUGAGGGAGUGGGGGACCAAGAGUAUUGAUGAAACUCUCUCAUCUCCCAUAACCAGUGUGAAUUCUCCACAAGGAUUGCUUCUUUCCAGGAUUCCACAACUGAAGCACAUCUUAAAUGGUUGAAGUCCUGGAACUUUGGUUUGUAAUCCAUUGUUCCACAAGGCAUGACUAAUUUUAUUCAACCAAUUGCAACCUAUGUUCUUUUUGGGUCAUCUGCUUCCAUCCUCUGACCUGAGGGAAUUGAGUAGAACACACUGACUCCAUCUUGUGACUCAAUUCUGGAUCUCGCUCAGUUCCCUUUCUAUUCAACUAUGAGUCUAGUCCAAUUUCUGUCUUGUGAGAAAAAUUUUAAAACAUUAUGGAACUUUUGCAUUGGUUUUAACCUCUCCCUUCAUGACUGGGAAGCUGGACCACCUCUACCAGCAUCUUAGAGACUUUUAACUAAGGACUUGGCUUAUGCUGACCAGAGACUGGGUGAGAUCCAAAGAUUGUUUCAAGGAGUUUUCUCAUAAUUCUACACCUCAUACAACCUAUAUGUGUUACCUGAAAACUGGGCCCAUACUAUUAAGUCAGAUAUUAUUUUCAUGUUCUUUUCAUUGAAUACAGAUUUUGGGAGAUAAAUCAGAUGCUUCACGUCUGUGUAUUAUUAAUACUGUAGCAUACCAGGUACGUUAGCAUCUGGGAAGUAUGACUGAUGUAUUAUAUGUAUUCAUUUACCAGACACAUGGUCAGAUUACGUGAUGGUCAUUGUAGGGAAAGGGACAGUCCGAAGUUCUAGCAUAGGACGGGCAAAUUCCUGGGCUGGGCCUUGACAGCCACCUGCCUACAUUCAUCUGCAAAGCACGGGCUGGAUUAAUCUCCACCUCUUUGAUCUCGUCAUUGUCAAUUCAACCAAUGUUAAGACCUUUGCCAUGUUACGCAUUGGUCAAUCUCCUCCCAAUCCACAUUCCUAAAACCUCCAAUAAAUACUGGGGAACCAGCUCUAAUCUCUCUCUUGCUUCCCUGGAUCUUCGGAGUCUCUCUGCCUUCACCUUUUCCUGCUGAUCUUUAGCUUUCCUCGCGAUGCUCUCGCCCCAUGCCUCCUAUUAAUGCUCAGACUCUCUUGUCUAUAGGAGACAUCAAGGAGUUCUUACUCCCCACGUGUUUUCUUAUUUAUCCCGUUUCCCUUUAAUUAAUAAUACAAGGGAAAACAUUAAGGAGAUAGCGCCUCUCCCCAUUCUUUUUAACCUUUUGUCUUGGAGUCAUUAUUAUUCACCUAUUUCCUUCAGUCUCCCUUCUCUUUCUCAAGUUAUAACACACAGGUAAAAUUAUAAAACACCCACAGGCAGGUUGUUAUAGAUACUAUUUUCAGGAUCAGAAUCAGAGGAAGAAUGAAAAGCACCAGAAGAAAUGAAAUGGAUGAUUAUUUUAUAGAGAAGAUAUAAUUGAUCAUUGAUGUCAGUGAGAUAAACUAUUUAGACCAAAGACAAAGGUCAGAAUUGUAUGAAAAGAAAGGACAAAAUUGAAACAACUCAACUCGCUGUUGUUCUCGUCAGUCUUACAAAGAGAAUGAUCCUUGGCCUGAAAAGAUUUUGUAGUAUAAGAAGAAAACAGCCCUUUGGAAUUUAAUAUUUAAUAUGUACUCAAAGGAUUCCAUAAGUCAUGUAACAAAAAGCUGGAGGAUGAGCCCUUUUCUCAGGUUUUCACAGCCUCUCAGACAUCUCCAGAAUAAGAAUAAUGGUCAAGAGGCAGAGCAAUGUCAGCUGCCCUCAGGACUAAGACUAGGAAAAAUAUAAUGAGGCACAAAGCAGAAAAAAGAUCAAGAAAUAGGGCUGAUCCUGCCUCCCUAACAUGUUUACUCAGCACCCUCUCCUUACCAUUUCACAUGUGGAUAUUGUAGGAUCCAAAUGAGCUUGGCCAGAGUCUGGAGAAAAAGAGGGAAAUGGGGCAGGACAGGUGGCUGUGCUUUCAACAGAACUUAACUCCACAUUGCAACCCUUUCUUUUUCUAGUUAUUUCUGAGAUCCAAAUUCCAUAAACUAGUGUAGGAAGUACGUUAGGGAUAGAGUACCAAAAAGUUGCUGAGGUUUGGACAGCAAUUUGGGGGCACAUUGUUCUGUUAGAUCAGAGACCUGAGGAACCUAGAAAAUAGGAAAUGAGAAUAUGGAUGGGUUUGUGGCUAUGCCAAACCUGAGGGAAAGUGACCACUUUUACCUGAGGCCAGUUCUGACUUCCUGAGCCUCAGCCAGGGGGAGAGAGUCUCAAGAAGAUGUGCCUUACCUUACCUGGAGGCUUCAUGCCUUCUGAAAGGCAGGGCCACUAAGUCAGCUUUUCACUCACCAAUGAUGACAGUCUAAAAGAAGUCUGGGUGUCUGUAUUCUGGUCUCUUCUCUGAGUCUGCCUGAAUGUCCGAACGAAUCUUUGAAUCUCCAAAUGUCCAUCUUCUCUUCAGCUCCAAGUGACUGAUCCUUCACUCCAAGCCUGGGUGACUGACUGUCCUCUUCUGGCCUUUACAAUCCUCUUUUUAAAGAUCUUUUUCUCUUGUCACCUCCGUUAAAUUUUCACAUCUACCAAUCACAGUAGAUGCUUUUCUCUAGGACUGCCCUUUUUUAGUUCUUAUCUUCUUUGGUUAGAUUUUCUCCAGGACUGUCCAUCCUUUAGUUCUCAUCUUCUCUGGUUAGAUUGUAUCUUUUGGGGUUACUUAACACCUCUUUUGUUAAAUUCACCUUUUGUAGUUACUUAAGAUUUUUUGUAGUUAAAAUCUAAAAACAGAUUGUAGCUUACAAUUCUAGCUUCACUAUAAAGGAAGAGCUAAGUAUCUUCCUUGUUACGAUCAGGAGAUUAGCUAAAUCCAAUCUUCACAAUUCCCCCUGAUGAUCAUUAGGAGACUAGUCUCCCCAUUGAUCAUUUAACAUAAUUGUCUUGUAGUCCUAAAAACAUUUCUAACUACAGAUGUAUACAAGAUUUCAAUUUCUAAGAGGAAAUUACAAUAGUUAGAGAUAAAUAGAAAAGAGAGAAAGCAAAACCAAUGUUUUACUAGACUCAUUGACAAAAAGCCAAAAUUAGGGGGAAGUCCCCUUUGGCAUAAAAGUGUACAUUUACAAUAAAUGUUCAAAAAUCCCCUUCUGUUCAGUCGAUUGCACCCAAAAGUUCAUUCUGGGUCUUCUUGAUGCAGUGUAGGUUUCUGCAAGCAUCUUUUUUCAAAGAGUUCAUUCUUUGGAUUCAAGGAGUUAGCAAACUCGUUUCCCUGAAAUUCUUCUCAAACAAAAUUUUAAAUAUUGGAUUUUUAAUAAAAAUAUAAUACAAUCCCCCCUGAAGAGGGUGUUCAUUAACACCUAAUUAACUCAAAAUGGUUGAAUUAUGGGUGUAUGCAUCAAUUUUUAAAAGAAAAAAUCAAGGACAGAGACCAAGGAAUUGGAAAUGCAAAUAAAAAAAACUUGAGAAUGAACAAAUUAAAAACCCCCAGAAGAAAACCAUACUAGAGAUCCUAAAAAUUAAGGGAGAAAUUAAUAAAAUAGAAAGUGACAGAACUAUUGAGCUAAUAAACAAGACUAGAAGCUGGUACUUUGAAAAAACAGACAAAAUAGACAAAGUACUGGUUAAUUUAAUUAAAAAAAGGAAAGAAGAAAGGCAAAUUAAUAGCAUCAAGGAUGAAAAGGGGGAUCUCACCUCAAAUGAAGAGGAAAUUAAGGCAAUCAUUAAA